CUAUUGCUAGCCUACAACACACUCGAGAUAUAAUUCCCCUAUCCAAUUUCUUGGCACGUUCAUGGAGUUCUUUUUUAACUAAAACCCACUAGUAAUGAACCUUGGACAGAUCAUUUCCGUGCUUAAUUUUCAAUCUAUCAUUAAGAAUCUUGAUCUCUUAAAAAAAAAAAAACCUUUUCUUCCCCGUCUCUUUUAGUCUUGAUCUCUUCUCCUAUACCUACAACUAGAUAACGCCAAUCAAACACCUAUUUAUAUAAUAAAUUUUCUUACUUUCCCAACUCAGAUUCCUAAGAUAUUCAUUUUCAUUUUUCUCUGUCCCAAGUUCAUCAAAUUCUUUCAAUUAUGGCGUCUCUUGGAUUGGCUCAACAAAUUAGAAUUGGACUUGAUGGUCAUUCGGGUACUGAAUUCCCUAUGAUGGGUCGGGCGGGUCGGGUCCGUCGGUCGAAUUAUGGUAGAAACCGAGUUGGGUUUAGAAUUAUGGCGUCUGAGACUAUUGAGCCUGAUCUCAGUGUUACUGUUAACGGGUUGAAAAUGCCCAACCCAUUUGUUAUCGGGUCGGGUCCUCCUGGGACUAACUAUACAGUUAUGAAGAGAGCUUUUGAUGAAGGCUGGGGUGGUGUUAUCGCCAAAACGGUGUCUUUGGAGGCCGAUAAAGUUAAAAAUGUGACCCCAAGAUAUGCUAAAUUAAGAGCAGCAGCAAAUGGUUCUGCCAAAGGGCAAAUUAUUGGGUGGCAGAAUAUUGAGCUCAUUAGUGAUCGACCUCUGGAGACAAUGCUAAAAGAGUUUAAGCAGUUGAAAGAAGAGUAUCCAGAUAGGAUACUUAUUGCUUCUAUCAUGGAAGAGUACAACAAAGCUGCUUGGGAGGAACUUAUUUACAAAGUUGAAGAAACUGGAAUUGAUGCAAUUGAAGUCAACUUCUCAUGCCCUCAUGGUAUGCCAGAGCGUAGAAUGGGUGCUGCUGUUGGUCAAGACUGUGAUCUCUUGGAGGAGGUUUCCGGAUGGAUUAAUGCUGUAGCCACAGUGCCAGUUUGGGCAAAGAUGACUCCUAAUAUCACCGACAUUACAAAGCCGGCUAGGGUAGCUCUUAACCAAGGGUCCGAGGGGGUGUCUGCUAUAAAUACAAUCAUGAGUGUAAUGGGAAUCAAUCUUGACACCUUAAGGCCCGAGCCUUGUGUUGAGGGAUACUCUACUCCCGGAGGCUACUCAGCAAAGGCAGUGCAUCCAAUUGCCCUUGCUAAAGUAAUGAACAUUGCACGGAUGAUGAAGUCAGAAUUUGGAGAUAAGGACUAUUCACUCUCUGCUAUUGGGGGAGUCGAGACAGGUGCUGAUGCCGCCGAGUUUAUUCUUCUCGGAGCAAAUACUGUACAGGUUUGUACCGGUGUCAUGAUGCAUGGAUAUGGACUUGUGAAAACGUUGUGCUCUGAGCUGAAAGAUUUCAUGAGAAAGCACAAUUUUUCAUCAAUAGAAGAUUUCAGAGGAGCAUCACUUGACUACUUCACGACUCACACGGAUUUGGUGAAUAGGCAGCAUGAAGCAAUACGUCAAAGGAAAGCGAUUAAGAAAGGUUUACAAUCUGACAAAGACUGGACAGGAGAUGGUUUUGUGCAAGAAACUGAAAGCAUGGUUUCCAACUAGACUUGUAAACCUCUAAAUGCACAUUUCUUCUCGAAUUGUAGAUCAUGAAUAAAUCAAUCCCUUUCAUAUAUCUGACUGGAUUGGUGUAUAGUGACUUUGACCUCUUUGUACGUAGUUCUUCGCGUAUAGGACUUUCACAUCUCCUGUUUUCAGUUAUUUAUCUUUAAACUUGAAUCAAAAUACUUGUGUUUAUGAUGAAGAAUCUCAGAAUUCAUUUGGCUA